AUGGCCGAGUCCGCUGUUAAGGCCGUGGUCGGGAACGUGAGCAAUCUUGCCGUUCAGGAGACCACCCUGCUAUGUGGAGUCACCCUUGAAGUGGAGUGCCUGAAAAAUGAGCUGGAGCGACUGAAGUGGUACCUCAAAUCUGCCGACGCUAAAUGGAAAUCAGGAGAUGACAGUGUGGCUACCUGGGUCUGCCAGAUCAGGGCCGUGUCAUAUGAGGCUGAGAAUGCCAUCGAGGUCGCCGAUUACAUGGGCAAGAGAAACAGUCUCAAGAAGGGCUUCUUGGGUGCCAUCUCAAGGUAUGCUCGCUUACCUGGUGACUUGAUCACCCUUCAUAAAGUCGGUGUUGAAAUCAAGCGUGUAAGAAGGAAGCUCGAUGAGAUAUUUCAAAGUGCAGAACGCUUGAAAUUUAAUUUAGACACCAGUGUUGUUGACAAGGUUCACACAGAUGGUGAGUCUGAACAGGCGUAUGGUCUUAUGUACGAAAACAUUGAAGAUGAUUCUGUGAUGGUUGGUUUCGAAGAUGAGUAUGAAGAAAUAGUUGAUAAGUUAGUUGACACAGAGAAGAAUCUUAGUGCUGUCUCCAUAGUUGCCAUGGGUGGUGCGGGAAAAACCACACUUGCUAGAAAAGUCUACACUUCAUCUGUAGUUGAACAACACUUUGAGACAAUUGCUUGGGUGACUGUAUCUCAAAAGUACAAGGGCAUUGAUUUAAUGAAAGAUAUUAUGAAACAAAUAAUGGGGAAAAGAGAUGAUUCACUUGAACAAAUGCAAGAGUAUGAGGUGGGAAAGAAGAUCCACGAUUUUCUCUUGAAUAAAAUAUACUUGGUAGUUCUUGAUGACGUGUGGGAAACCGACACGUGGGACCAAAUAAACAGAAGGGUCAAAGCCUUUCCAAAUGCAAGUAACGGCAGUAGAGUACUCUUAACUACUCGAAAGGAAGAUGUCGCAAAUCAUAUUCAAAUGCCAACCCAUGUUCAUCAUUUGAAAAAGUUAGACGAAGAUGAAAGUUGGAAACUUUUUAACAGCAAAGCUCUACCAUCAUACAUAAGGAGAACCAUAAGUGAUGUGUAUGAGUUUGAAGAACUAGGGAGAAACCUUGCAAGAAAAUGUGAUGGAUUACCUCUUGCCCUUGCGGUUUUGGCAGGCUAUCUAUCAGGGAAUCUAAAUACACAAACAUGGUGUGAUAUACUCUUGGAUUGGCCAUCAACCAAGAAUGGACAUAUGAUGCGAGAAAUACUAGCUCGCAGUUACAAAGACCUAGCAAAUCAUCACUUGAGAUCGUGUUACCUCUAUUUUGCCGCUUUUCCAGAGGAUUCCAAAAUAUCUGUGUUGGCUCUUAUUGAAGUUUGGAUAGCGGAAAGAUUCAUUCCACAUAUACCAAAUCAUAAACUAGAAGAAACAGCACAUAAGUAUGUACUCGAGCUGGCUCAGAGAAACUUGAUCCAAGUUAUCGACAGAAGUGAGGUACAUGGAUGGAUUGUAACAGUAAGAAUUCAUGACAUUCUACGUGACUGGUGCAUAGAAGAAGCAAGACAAGAUGGGUUUCUUGAUGUCAUCAACAAACUUACAGGACAAGGUGGGGCAUCUUCAUCUAAUACAAUGAUAUCAUAUCGUUCUUCUUUCCAAAACAUCAGUGGUGAUCUAAUUUCCCAUGAAAGCAUAUCUAAUUCAGCACGAACACUUAUUGUCUUUAGAAUUCCUUCAGUAUUCUUGUCCAACCAGCUAAAAAUGUUGAGGGUUCUUCAUGUGGAAAAUUCAAGCCUAGAAAAUUUCUCUAGGAUAAUUGGUGGGUGCAUUUACUUAAGGUACCUCAGGUUCAGAAGAUGCAAAGGUGUGGCAUUGCCUUCCUCAAUAGGAAAACUCCUUUACUUGGAGACUAUAGAUCUAAAAUUCACACAAAUAGACUCAGUAGUACCAAAGUCCCUUUGGGAUAUCCCUACUCUGAGGCAUGUUUACCUUGGAAAUGAGUUUUCCCCGCCAAGGAGUCUGCGACAUAAAGAGCUCCAAACCUUUGAGUUAUAUCUUACGUGCGCCGAAACUAAACAUCGACGUCAUAACAUGAUUAUUUUUUUGGGCCAGAUGAAUCAACUAAGAACCUUCUCUUGGGAGAUUAGCCGUAUCCCCUCAGAGCUGAUUAACAUAUUUGGAAACAUGCCUCAUCUUGUCCAUAUUUAUCUCAACAAAUUUAAUGUGCUCAAGAGGAUUCCUCGUGAGUUCCCACAAAGCGUAUGGCGUCUUGUUCUAUUUGCCGAUAUCAUUGAACAAGAUCCAAUGCCAAUUUUCGAGAAGCUUCCAUCUCUUGUGGUGUUGGAGCUGUCGGGAUAUCAUGGCCGAAUCAUGUCCUGCUCUGCCAAAGGGUUUCCUCGCAUGCAAUCGCUAAAACUUGAUGAGUUCUCCAUUGAGGAAUGGAGGAUGGAGGUCGGAUCAAUGCCAAGGCUCUCUCACCUGACACUUCGGAGAUGCCGGAAGAUAGAGAAGCUGCCCGAGGGGUUGCUGCACCUUCGGUUCCUCGUUGGUGAUAUUGAACUGUUCAACGUGCCUCAGAUUAACGAAGAUGAUAAUACAUUGUAUGAGCUGCAAAGAAGAGGAUGGAAGGUGAAACGUUCACCGUGA